GAGAGAGAGAGAGAGAGAGAGAGAGAGAGAGAGAGAGAGAGAGCUGUUACGUAUAAUUCACCUCACACAACAAGACCAAGUCGUGAAUAAUAAUUAUUCAUCAUUCGUGCUUUGCUUAUCAAAUCGUGGGGGAUUUCCUUUACAUAACUCACUGUGUUAUCACACGUAAUUCUCUUGUUCGGUCUCAUACACCGACGUUAUUGUCUUGUCUUCUUUUUUGUAUUCCUAAUUCAUUCGAUUUAUUUCCUUUUUCUCACCGUUUUUAUUGGUCUUUCUUCGCUCUUUCUGUGUCUCGGCCUAACGGUACAUUGUGUUUACGCCAGAAGACGCGGGUUGGCUAACGACGGAGAGCGUAACGAGUUUGUUUUAUGUCCUUCCGUCUGGUUUCACCGUCUAUUCUCAAACUCCUUGGACAUUUUCAAAGGUAGAACACAUUUUUCAAAUAUUGUAUUCGUAAAUCAUUGAAAAACUGUUUUUUCAGUAUUUAUUUAAGGAAAUUAAUUUCGUUACGCUUGCUGAGUGGCCCGCCCCUACCUGGGGGAGGGCGGGAACAUCCCACAAGACGAUCCCACAGCCAACCAUCUCCCGCUAUCCACGGGUCAACGACUUUAUGACGUCAUCCUUCGUCAUUCGGCGUCCAUACCGCGUUUUCUAUCGUUUCAGUCGAAAUGUCAACUUCUUAUCUAUUAAAUGGGUUACGUUAACGCAAACUUCCAUAGCAUUUUGUUACUGGAAUCAGCCAUUUAAAAAAAAAAAAUUCUGCCUAAAGUUACGCGAGUCUGGCUUUGCUCAGCUGUAACGGUACCUCUGGUUGGAUACUGUUGGUUCCUGAAGGAUUGGGACGGGUAUCCUUCUCUUGGGAGGGGUCCUACCUCCUUCGGGGGGGCGGGCUCCCUUGGGGUGGCAGGUAUAGGAAAUCAGCUGGCUGGAACACCUUUGAGGCCACUGGAAGAAGUCCACGUCAGUGCGUGUGAGAGAGAGAGAGCAUUCGGAAGGUGUACAAUAUAACAGUUUCUCUCGAGGUGUUUUUAGUGCGAUGCCGGUUUGAACUGAGUUCGUAAUUUCUCUAAUUAUUCUGUAAAUAACUGCCUCGUCUCGUUUGCGAUGGUGACAUUGACGUAACAGGUGAACGAGUGUGCUAUAAUUGUGAAUUGAAGAUAUAAGAACGUAAGUGAAUACCUGUUAAAUUAGUUAGGAAACAAAGACAUUUAAUUAAGUUAUUUCAGCACCGUGUGACCUAACAGUUUGUCAAGACGCCCAAAAUGUUGUCCCAGCACCUCAGAUUGUUACCUUUUCUCUGCACAAUGUUGCUUUGGACUUCGGUGACAGUUUUGGCGUCACAGCCUCAAAUGCAGGUCGGUCACAACAGUCCGACUGACCCUUCAGACAAGGGCGACAAUCUCCGUCAGUUCCUCCAAGUCCAGAACAAAUUCCUGGACAUCGUGGGGAACUCCUCCUCCCGCGUCCACAGCCUGACCCACGUGCUGGGCAUGCUGAACUCGAAGCAGGGCAAAGAACUGGGCGCCCUUCUGGUGAAAGGGGUCACUCUGGGCAUGCAGGAGAAGAAUCCAGGUCAGCUUUUGACCGAUUUCUGGACGCAACUCCAGGGGAGGCUGUCCCCCACUCUGCUCGAGUCCUUCGAUGACUACAGGGACUUCCUCAGGGGAGUGGACAUCAGCACGCUGCCCAUGGCAUGGGAGCAGCUCUUCAAGAAGGACGAACUGGGGAAUAGCUUAGCCUCCCUGCCCCUGGGUCAACUGGUCGACAUGCUCCAGCCGACAGCGUCCAGAUACGGGAUAGACAUCAGGGCGGUGAUGAGUUCAAUGAUGGGUCAGGGUGACAACAAUGUCAGGGACCUCCUCGCUUCGGCCGUUGCCAACACAGACUUUGGAGCGCUGAUGAACCAGGUGAUCAAUGCAACGACGAGCGCCCUCCGGCCGUCAGAAAACGCUGGUGCGAGUUCUGGACAAAAGUCCCAGGCUGGAGAUGCCCGUAAAAAGGGGAAAGCAGACAAGACGCUGCGUCUUUUCCGUCCCCUCGUGGCCUCUCUGCUGAAAGAGAACGAGAUUGAUUUGGACGCGGAUGCUGUUCUGGAGGUGCUCUCCCCACUCUUCAAGAGCGACAUCUUAACUCAGGCUUCCCCUUGGAUUGCUAUGCUUGCCGGGCAGGGUGGUAAAGGGGGCUUAGGAAACAUGCUAGCAAAUGUCAUGGGUGGAGGGGGCCAGGAAGGGUUCAAUCAGCAACAGUUAGGAGGUCUCCUCGGAGGUCUAGGAGCGCUGAUGGCUACUGGUGGUGGCAAGAACCAAAUGGAUAUGUCCUCUCUCCUCAGCAUGGCAUCCAUGUUUAUGGGUAAGCCUUCCAAAACAAAGGGUAAAAGUAAAUCCAAAUCUGGUAGCAAGAAGGGGAAAGAGGCCAAUGAUUUCGACUUUGGGUCCCUGAUGAAUGUCGCAGGACAGCUCUUAGGAAACAACAUGAAUCUUGACACCAUUUUGGACAUUGCUUCCAGCAGUCUGAAAUCAGAGAUGAACAAGAAGAGGGCAGGUUCUGCGCAAAGUGGGCCAGCCAAGAAAGCCAGACUGUCCAAGCAGGAACAAGAAACUGAGGAGGUGCCACAAAUUCAGUUGAGAAUCACAAAAUCAAAGACCUUCUUGAACCUGGUUGAGCCAAUUCUGCUCUCAAUGAAGAAGGACAAGAAAUGCAAUGCAAAAAUCAAGGAGGCUCUCGAUCUCGGCAAGGUCAUGUUGGGCAGCUGGAUCUCUUCAUCGCUGGGAGACAUCAACCAAAUAAUGCCACUUCUGAAGUCGUACUUUGCUGAUAGUGAGGUCCUGAAGUCUAAGGGCAUCAAUUUGGAAACUUUAGCUGCGUCCUUCACUCAGGCCUUCAUGAAAGCAGACUGGAGUGAUUUUCUUGAAAGCCUCAAGAACAAGGACCUCCGACAGAUGCUGAUCAGGAACGUUGCACCGAGCGCUGCAGAAGUCUUAGUGCUCCUGGCGGAGAAGGAGAGCCAAGAGAAGAUGUACAACAACGUCGUGCCUCGCAUACAGAACUUCUUCGCAAGUUACGGCCUGGUCGGGGUCACCUUGGACAACUUCCCAGAGAGAUUAGCCCCUCUCUUAGGACUCCUGGGGAAAAGCUGGAACCUUCCAUUCAACCCUACGACACUGCUGGUCCCGCUGAAAGUAUACUUGAAGAGCUUGAAGUCUAUAGUCCUUUCUUACCUCCAGAGUAUUCCAACUGAUGCUGGCCAGGUUGGGAACGUCCUCUUCGACUUGCUGGAGCAUGGAGUGGCUGAACCGCUGUUGGAGGUCGUGGAGGCUGUCCAGACAACGCGCGACCCAUACUGCCUGCCCCAGAGGUUAUGCCAGGUCAAUUCCCAGUAUGACGAGGAGGGAGUUCCAGCGACUGUGGCCAGGAUAGCGAGCGUGGCCUUUUCGGCGGAGCCCGUCUUGGCAACACCGGAUUCGAACCUACUCCUACACACAUUGCACAGUAUUGGUGGUAUCGACAGAAAGGAUGGAUGUGCGGAAUUCUUCCCUGGCGAUUGCAAUCCUGAGGACGAUGGAGAAGAAGGAGAAGAAGAGGAAGAAGAUGAGGAAGAAGAAGAAGACUACGACCCAACAAUGGACCUAUUAUACGAACAUCAAGAACUGUGAGAAAAAGUAGAAGACGAAUAUUUUCACUGUCACUUCUGGAAAGGCAGAUUUUGUGUAAAUCAUCGUGUUUUCUAGAUACCCCUAGAGAGACAUUUCUAUAGUUCUAGGUCUAUUUCUUUUUCUAGAAACCAUCUGGUGGCAAUCUAGAUAAGUUUGGUUCCGUGGAGUUGUCUAGAACACCCAAUGGUACUACUAGAAACUCCCAGAUUACUUUGGAUUAGUCUAAAUCUUCGUUUUCUAGAAACCCUUUAUAGAAAUGUGAACACUUCUAGGUCUAUUUCGUUUUCUAGAAACCCUCUGGUGGCAAUCUAGAUGAGUUUGGUUUCAUGGCGUUCGCUAGAAACCUCUAGAAUACUCUGGAUAGGCCUAUUUUUUU